CAUCAUGUCCAUCACAAAGAUUCACGCUCGCCAGAUCUUCGACUCUCGCGGUAACCCUACCGUUGAGGUCGAUGUCCACACCGCCAAGGGCCUCUUCCGCGCUGCUGUUCCCUCUGGUGCUUCCACUGGUGCCCACGAAGCCGUUGAGUUGCGUGACGGCGACAAGAACGCCUAUGUCGGCAAGGGCGUGAGCAAGGCUAUCUCCAACGUCAACGACAUCAUCGCUCCCGAGCUUAUCAAGUCCGGCUUGAAAGUCACCCAACAAAAGGAAAUCGACGAUUUCCUCAUCAAGCUCGACGGCACCCCCAACAAGGGCAAGCUCGGCGCCAACGCUAUCCUCGGUGUCUCCAUCGCCGUUGCUGAGGCUGGUGCUGGCGAGAAGGGUGUCCCCCUCUACCAACACCUCGCUGACCUUGCUGGUGUCAAGCCUCCCUUCGUCCUCCCCUUGCCAUGCUUCAACGUUAUCAACGGUGGAUCCCAUGCCGGAAACAAGCUUGCUUUCCAGGAAUUCAUGCUUUUGCCCACUGAGGCUUCCAGCUUCACCGAGGCUUUGAAGAUUGGUACAGAGACCUACCACACCCUCAAGAAGGUCAUCACCGCCAAGUACGGUAUUGAUGCCGUCAACGUUGGUGACGAGGGUGGAUUCGCUCCCAACGUUUCUGGCGCCGAUGAGUCUCUCGAACUCCUCACUGAGGCCAUCAAGAAGGCCGGCUAUGAGGGCAAGAUCAAGAUCGCUCUCGAUGUUGCCUCGUCCGAGUUCUACAAGGACGGCAAGUACGACCUCGACUUCAAGAACCCCAACUCCGAUCCCACCAAGUGGAUCACUGGCAAGGAACUCGCCGAUCUCUACCUCUCCUACGUUGAGAAGUACCCCAUUGUCUCCAUCGAGGACCCCUUCGAUCAGGAUGACUGGGAGGCCUGGACCCACUUCACCUCCAAGAGCGGAAUCCAGAUUGUCGGUGACGACUUGACUGUCACCAACCCCCUCCGCAUCAAGACCGCCAUUGAGAAGAAGGCCUGCAACGGUCUCUUGCUCAAGGUCAACCAAAUCGGUACCAUCUCUGAAUCGAUCCAGGCUGCUCAGCUCUCUCAAUCCGACGGCUGGGGUGUCAUGAUCUCCCACCGCAGCGGUGAGACCGAGAACACCAUCAUUGCUGAUCUCGCUGUCGCCCUCGGUGUCGGCCAAAUCAAGACUGGUGCUCCUGCUCGUUCUGAGCGUGUUGCCAAGUACAACCAGCUCCUCCGUAUCGAGGAACAGCUCCAGGGCUCUGGUGCCAUCUACGCCCAGGGCAAGGGCUUGUCCGCUGGUUCCACUCCCCCUGCUCUCCUCAAGAAGUAAGCGUGGGUUUGCGAUCGAAGAGGUAGUGAGAGUGAGAAGUCGACACAACAACCAAAAUGGACACUUGUACUUUUGUGAAAUCAAUCAUCAUAGACUAUCGUUAUCUGCUUGCAUCGAUGCCUUUGUUGUUGUGGAUGUAUACGAGAAUGAUCAUGAAGUUG